GCAACUGGUGCACGCUGUAUUGAUGGAUCGCCCCCGUUUUAUGCGCUCCGGCGCGCCAGUGCCGAGAUCAAUCGCACCAAGUGGUACUUUCACAUUGAGGGCGGCGGUUGGUGCGUCAGUGCCGAGGAUUGCGCUGCACGAGGUCUCACUCGACUAGGCUCAUCAGAUCGGCAAUACGGUACGAAGGCCCGUUACUGUGGCAGCCUGGCUGUCCCAGACUCGACGAUCAACCCGUUGAGUCACGACUGGAACUUUGCCUAUUUUCACUACUGCGAUGGUGGCAGUUGGACUGGUGACAAUAUCUCGACCACCGUCCAAGAUGGCCGAUCGCAAUACUUUAGAGGGUUUCGCAAUCUCAACGCUAUCCUCGGGGAUCUCCUCGAAUUUGAGGGUUUGAACAUGGCCACGGAGGUCAUCAUUGGCGGUGACUCCGCUGGCGGUUUGGCCACUUGGAUUCAUACGGACCACAUUCGACGACAGCUCCCGCCGACGACCAAGGUUGUGGGGCUCCCCGACUCGGGCUUUUUUCUUGACUACGGCCACUACCACGACGACUUGGCCUGGGUGUACCAUCAGAUGAACGCCACAGCUGGCCUCCACCAAGAUUGCGUGGCACACUACGCGCCCCUAGAUCAAACCUACAUGUGCAUAUUUGCGCCCUAUACCGCGCCUUUUUGCCAAACGCCCAUGUUUGCCUUGCAAGGACGCUUUGACUCUUAUCAGACCAGCGCCAUCCUGGGCUCGGACGAUCCCGCUCGAGUCAACCCUUAUGGCCUGAUGCUGCAGUCACAACUC